GAGCUCAGGCUUCCCAGCAGCCCCUCCCCCACCCCAUCCCUGGCCCCUGCAGGGCCCCCUCACCGGCGUUCCGGGGCGUCAGGACCAGCUGGCGGGGGAGGGGCCGAGUUGGGCACAGCCAGUCCUCCCCUACCUCACUGUGCCUUCUCGCGGGCUGCAGCAGGAGCCCCGGCCCAGGCACACCCGGCGGAGGGGUCUGGGCCGCAGGCUCCCGGCCGGCGUGUCUGGGAAGGGCCGGAGCCGCUCCAUGGUGGUUCCUGGGAGCGUCCCUCCCGGCAGGGCAGCCGGGCUGAGCUUGGUCCCACGGACAUGCACCGUGGCCUGUGGAGAUUGUGUUUUUGGCUGUUAAAAAUGUCUGAAGUUUUUUUUACUCAGGUAAUUUUAACUUAAAAUGAACUGAAGCAAAUGUCAGGAAAUAACAAGCCUUAAAUCUGAUUGGGACGAAGAGGAUGUCUUGGUGGGGGGGAUGGGGGGACUCAGUCCUAAGCAGAUGAGCCUGGGGGAAGGGUCGGCUUCAGCUGCGGAGCUGGGCCGGCCUCUGGACACUGACCCCCACCCCCCGCCGCCCCCUCAGUCAACCCCUAGCUGGGGGGCAUCCAGGGCUGCGGCCCCCGGGCCUGAGUGUCCCCCUCCCCAGGCACGGAGGACCACACCCGCUUCUCACGCUGCACCCUCAGUGGGCAGAGGGUGCGUGUCCCCCAGAGCCCAGCAGCUGGCGCACGUGCUGGCAGAUGCCCGCCACCAUUCUGUGGCCCCUCACGGGGCACGCAGCCCGGGCAUCUCCUGUGUGUGUCGUCGCCGCUCCUGGUCACGCGUCUGUGACGCAUCUGUGUGGCCCGCCUGGGGCCCGGGGUCCUGCUCCAUUGUGUUUGCGUUGACUCAGUGUCUCACAAAAUCAGGUGAAACCCGCGGCUGUGAGCCGGGCUGGACCGUGCUCUUCCUGUCACGUACGUGCGUGUACACGUUACCUAGAAACUGAAAUAAAGUCUAAUUUUGGAAGCUCCUGUUUGGUGGAAUGUGUGGAAACGGGACUCAAGGGGCAGGGGAGGAGGUGGCCCGGGCCGCUGGCACUGCCUUGGGGCCUGGAGGACUUCCGGCCACUGCCUGCCUCUCAGCAGAAGAUCCUGCUCCCAGGCCCAGUGAGGACACCCGCCAAGGGGAAGUGUGCUCAGAGGGGCAGCCCAGCCCUCGCCUCCCUGUCCACACCCUCGGGCUCCCCACCCCUGGGAGGAGAGGAGGCGGGGCAGCCCCUCGCCCGCACAAAAGGUGCUGGGGACCCGGGGCUCAGAUCUGCCCAGAAAGAACAGUGAGCACCACGGGGCGUGCGGGGAGGGGAGGCUGGUUAGGCCGUGGGCUGGGCUCCCCACCCACCAUGUCUGCACCCCCAGGAAGCAUGGCCGCCUGCCCCGUGCUGGGUCUCGCUGCUCUCCUCUGCCUCUCUGCGCCCCAGGCCAACUCCGUGGUGCAGUAUCGACAGCCGGUGCACAUGGUGCUUCUGGAACCCCAAGGGAGGGACUGCUCUCACAUCUGGGCGGAGAGACCCCGCGCCCCGAGCGGUGUGUACACCGUCCAGCCAGAAGGAGCCAGCGCCCCCUUCAAGGUUCUCUGUGACAUGCGCCCGGACGGUGGCUGGACAGUGAUUCAGAGGCGAGACCAGGGCCGGGGGACGCCUCUGGACUUCGAGAGGUGCUGGCAGGAGUACAAACAGGGCUUCGGAGACCUGAGAGGUGACCACUGGCUGGGGCUGGAACACAUCUCUAGCCUGACCUCCCAGCCGGGCCUGCGCUCCGAGCUGAGCGUGGACCUCCUGGACGCGGACAACCAUACGCUGCAGGCCCACUACGAUGACUUCCGCGUGGGCAGGGAGGAACGGUUUUACCCGCUGACCCUCGGCCAGUACUCGGGGAAUGCCGGGGACGCGUUCCGGGGCUUGGGCCACACGGACAACCAGGAGGGCUGUGGCUUCAGCACGCUGGACCGUGACCAUGACCGCUGCUCGCCUUGCGUGGAUGGCGCCCAGACCUUCACCAGCUGCAGCCACGAUCGCUCGGGCGCUGGAUGGUGGUACAGCGACUGCGGCCGUGCUGACCUCAACGGGCUGUGGCCAGAGCAGGCAGGGGCCGCCUCGGGCAUGCGCUGGGCUGCUGGUGACCACCAGCCCGCCCUGCGCGCCAGCGUGCUGCGCGUGCACACCACUGCUUCCGGCAAGGUCUAGGCCUCCCGCCAGUCCAUGGCCGAGCCUCAUUAAAUGUUCAAGCCUGGC